AUGACCAUGCUGCGCCGGCUACUCCCGCUCGUCGCCGCGGCGCACGCGGUGCGCGAGACGCUGCCACCGAUCGACCUUAACGCCGAGCCUCGGGCAGCGCUCGUGGCCGAGGGCCUCUACAUGCGGGCGUCGCAAGUGCUCUCGACGUGGAGUACGCCGGAGACGACGCUUACGGCCAACUGUCCCGCAACGGUGCUCGACCUCCCGCAAGCGAUCGUCAACGCGAUCCCAGACACGGGCUCGGGCAACCUUUGGUGCGUGCUCUUGCCCGACGGCGUGACCUACCUCCACGCGCUCAACGCGACGAGCGGCUCGCAUGACAUUGGCCUCACGGGCUUGGCGUCGCCCGGGCGCUUGCUCCGGCGGCACGAGUCGCCGCCGAUCUCGUACUUGGAGUCGCUCCCAAGCACCUUCCACGACGUGCGCGUCCAGAACGUCGGCCUCGAGCGACUCGGCCCACGCCUCGACCGCAACAAUGCGUCUCUCGUCGCCGCCCGCCGACUGUACGCCUCGCAAUAUUAG